GAAGGAUCGGAGGAGAGGAAACGAAAGCGACUCCCUAUUUAUGCAUUGUAUUGAUGAUAAACCAUAGCUUUAAAAGUGGACGAGGGCCUCGCCCGUCUGAACCGAUGCGUAAAGAACAAACUCAGUCGUUGACAUUAAAGUGGUUAAACUAACCCCUGAAAAAUAUGGGCAGCAUAAUGAUAGUUGAAAGUAAUAAAUUGUGUAGGGCGUUAAUGUACGAUGUGUAAAUUGUAUUUAACAAAUGACUAUCAGUUUUGAUGGAUAAAUGUAGUUCAGAUGCUGAAUUUGAUUCAUAUUGGGAUUAUGAGGCUAAAAAUAAAAAUAGAAAUAGAAUAAGAGUUGGACGGCAAUAUCAGGCCUCGAUUCCUCCUCUUUUAAAACCAGGAGAGAAAGAUGGCAGAAAAUGUGAGGAUUUGGAAACUAUAAAAUGGAAACCAGAUCAGUUAACUGAUCAAGAAAUUGAGCAGUACUUGUCUAUGGCAAAGGGCAUUGGAUUGUUUGCUAAAGCAGUAGAUAAUCCAAAAAAUGCUGAAAAAUCAGACAGUUCUUUACAGUCAGCAAUCAAAGGAUUGUCUGAAUUUGUCGCUUCUCAUCAUCCCUGUCAUCAUGAUGAUGGCUGUCAAGUGCCGAAACCAUCAUCAUCUGGUGAAUCUGAAUGUAAAAUCAAUGUUGCCAAUGACUGGUCACCAUCUGAAGCUCAAUUAUUUGCUCAAGCAUUGGAAGCCUGUGGGAAGAAUUUCUGUGCAAUUAAGAAGGAAUUUCUGCCAUGGAAACCAGUCAGAAGCAUAAUUGAAUAUUAUUACCAGGGUAAAGGUGAAAAGCCUGAAGACUUGCCUGAGGAAAAGCCAGAAAUUCCUACAGAUCUCUUGACAGUCGUCAAAAAAGAAGAUGAGCCUGUUCCUUCUUGUUCAUAUAACCUUUCACCAGUAGAACCUUUUGUAGAAAAAGAGGAAAAAAAGGAAACAUCUUGUGAAGCCAUUACGUCUGAAAAUACUGAAACAGCACCAACAAAACAACACACAGAAACAGCACCAAUUAAUUUUUUAGCAAAUACCAGAGUCACUGAUCAUUGUGGAGCUGUGCCUGAAACUAGAAUAGUGGGCAGCCAAAGUGAAAACAUAGCCUCAUCAACAGUUGGAAGUUUGAACUUUUUUUUAGGAGGUCGUCUCGUACUUAAACUUGAUGCUCAACAAGACAGUGGCUCUGGAUCCAAGUGCCAAUGGGUACAGUCAAAUGACUUGCCAAAACAUUCAAAUUCUUCUAAAAAAGUCAAACACAAGAAAAAAAGCAUAAAUGAUGGAUCAUUUGUGAUUGCUUCGCCUCAGAAGAAAAAGAAAGCUGAUGAAUCAGUGGCAGUUGCCAACAAACUCUUGGAUCAUGAUUCAUUAGUACUGAAAAAGCCUAAAUUGCACUCAGAGUAUGACUUUACAGAAAACGAUCAGCAAGGAUUGCUGCUGUGCAGCUAUUCUUGGACUCCUCCUGUUGCAGAUGGCCAGGAGACUGUUGAAAUGGACGAUUGCUCAUCCAAAACGAGUGAAGGUUACGUGUCCCCGGUUCUUUCUAAUUCACGUUCCUCCAAGUUGGAUUCUAGAGGAGAUAUUGCAGGCAACCAUAACUCAGUGAGUGAACUUGGUGAGCAAAAUUGUGAUUCAGAUCAUUGCAUGGUCAAGUACGAGCCUAGAGCCAACAGUGCCCAAUCUGAGAGUAGCUAUAUGGAUGACAGUGCCUCUAAAAAUAUAUGCUGCAUAGGAGGCAAGAAUUCUCCUAAUCAGUUGUACAAUGACAAACAAGAAGUGCUUAACCAUAAGAGUGCCUUGACUCAUAGUAAAUCUCGUGUAAAAAGUCCAUGUUAUCAGUCUCGUGUAAGUCAUUCCAGUAGCCCUUUGCUGAAGCAGUGGAACAAAUGGUCCAACACUUCAUAUCCAGUCAAGAAUUCACCCAAUUCAUUGUCUCCAGUGUCUCAUACUGAUUCCAAAAGUCCACUUAAAGAUAUUCCACUUGAUUUGUCAUCAAAAGAAAGCAAUUCCACUGACUCUGACCUCUGUGAAAGUCAAGCAAAAACUGAAUGCUAUGAUAAGUCUAUGGUUUCAGAAAUGGGUUGUCUUGCAUGUAAGCAAUGUGCCCCAGAGUCUUCCAAUCAUCAGUCGUUACCUGGUGGCGCUGAGCCUGCAGAAGAAACACAGUGUAGUGAUGGAAUUAAUUCGGAGCAGCAACUUUGUGUCGAGUCUUUAAAGGAAAGCAGCGAUUGCUCACCGUGCAAAAGUUCUGGAGAUCAAACUUCUUAUGCAUAUAUUAAUCUUCCUUAUCCUUGUGCUUUACCCAAAUGCACCAAAGAAUACUCUUUAGAAGAACACCUGUGCAAUAAAACCAACUCUGAAAAGAACGAAGAAAAUGGGCCUGACUACAUUAUUCAUGAUGUGGAUGAAAGCAUAUGUAAAAAACCUUCUGCUUGGUGUAACAAUACUAUGGCAUCUUAUUUGCAAUAUUAUCCUCAGUGCUACCCUUAUUAUUUAACGUAUGGGAUAGCGCAAAAUGCUAUCCCCUCUGAACCCACCGUUACAGAAGUGCCAUUAGAUUUGUCUUCUACUGAAAGUAUUAAAGAAACUACUGCACCAGAAACUUUAUCAGAGGAAGUAAAUUCUGUACCUUCAAAAAACACAGAAGCAAUCGAAAGAGGUAUGCUGUAUCAGUUGUUGAAGAACAAAACAAGCAAGUAGCUUAGCUCAUGUGGGUUGGAAAUUCAUCUUGUAUUAUAUUACUAUGUAAUUGUUCUGAGAACAAGAUGAGCAUUAUUAUGCAGUACUGCACCAGUCAUAAUCUGAAUAUUAUUUUUAUAGCUGCAGAAUAAAACACACAUCUUAUUUUGGAAAAAGAAAACCUUUUUCAAACUGUCAUUGAUCUGUUGUGUACAAACAUAUAGUCUUCAGAGUGAGCUUUAAUGUGCUGUUUCUUUUCCUUUUUUGUACAAAUAGCUUAAUGUGGUGCCCUUUGGGCAGCAUAUACUCAUUUAUUUUAUGUACAUAUGGCCUUCCACGUGAACAUUUGUUUAUAUAUAAUAUAUAUUUACGGACAUUCUCUUUAGUUGUAAUAAUUAUGGCCCAUUAAAAGA